GGGCAUUUGGCCAGCACAUCAACGCCACCCAUCAGUUCCUUGUGGACCUUUGAUUGAUACGGACGCGAACCGGAAAGCAAAGAAGCACAUCACGCAAACAGGACACGAACCCUGCUUUUAGUUGCGCGCGGUGCCUCGUACAAAUUUAGUUGUCGAAAUUUUUAGUUUCCGUUUCUUUCAUUUCCGCCGAACCGCCAAACUUGUUUCCUACUCAUUUCAAAAAAAAAAAUAGUGAUUCAAACACGAUUCUGAAACUUAAGGAUUUCAACCUGGAGUACAAAUUUUCUGGAGAAUACAAAAAAUGUCCCACUCAAGUGCCAUUGUUCUCAACCAUGAGUGCCAGUGAAUCGAAAUCGAAGGGCAAAGUUGUUAGUGUAAAGAAAUCUAUCUGUUUCCGGUGGCCCUUUCGGCUGCUUUUUGCCUUACUAUGUUUCAAUCUGCUGGCAACGGUUGUGGAAGCGGACGUGCCGGUCGUCCAGCCGGAACGGUUCAACCGACCACGAUCGAAAGAUCCCAUCAGUGCCGGAUUCUACCAGAGCGAAGAAAAGAACAGCCAGGAUGUCAAGGACGCCUUCAUGGAACAGUUGGCUAACGAGCUGAAGGGACGGAUGCUCAAGGUGACCACACUGGAGGACUGGCCGCUGAGUUACACCGAACGUCAGAAUGGUACUCUGGUCGGACGCGGUGUGGCCUUUGAACUACUAGAGUUCCUGAUGGAAAAGUUCAAAUUCAACUACACACUGGUCAUGCCGGAGCACAACAUCGUCGGAUCAACCAAGGAUAUGGAAGGAAGCAUCAUCGAACUGCUGGCCACCGAGAAGGCGGAUAUUGCUGUGGCUUUCCUGCCAAUCCUUGCUGAUGCCCGACAGUACAUUCUCUACUCGGCCGGUCUAGACGAAGGCGAAUGGAUGAUGAUUAUGGUGCGCCCAAUGGAAUCCGCUAGUGGCUCUGGCUUGUUGGCUCCUUUCAAUCGGGACGUGUGGAUUUUGAUCCUGGUAUCGCUGCUGGCCGUUGGUCCAAUCAUCUACGGAAUGCUGAUUGUGCGGUACAAAAUGACCAAAGACAAGGAACAGGUGCUGUACACAUUGCCUCACUGCGUUUGGUUCGUCUACGGUGCGCUGAUGAAACAAGGAAGCACCCUAUCGCCAACGGGAGAUUCAACGCGCAUCCUUUUCGCCAGUUGGUGGAUUUUCAUAACCAUACUCACCUCGUUCUACACGGCCAAUUUGACUGCUUUCCUGACGCUGUCCAAGUUCACGCUGCCCAUCAACAAUGCCGAAGAUGUCCGCAAAAAGGAAAAACAAUUUGUCACCAUCCGGGGCAACGCCAUCGAGUAUGCCAUCAAGAACAGCGACGAGACCCUGAACUCGUUGAGUUUUUUGGUGGACAAACACUUGGUGGAGUUCACAACCAACCUGAACGAUAGCGACAUCCUGAUGACAACGGUGUCCAAGAAAAACUACGUCUACGUACGGGAUCGACCGGCCAUCGAACAUCUGGUUUACAAAGACUACCUCGUUCGGCGCAAGGUGAACCCCAUCAACGAACGUAGCCAUUGUCCGUUUGCAACGGCUACAACACCUUUCCUGAAACGGGUUCGCGCCUUUGCCUAUCCCAAUACCACACGCUGGAACACGCUAUUUGAUCCACAACUACUCAACAUGGUCGAAGGAGGCUUGGUGAAAUUCAAGCUUCUGGAGAAUCUACCCAAGGCCGAGAUCUGUCCGCAGAACUUAGGAGGCACUGAGCGUCAGCUGAAGAAUCGGGACUUGGUCAUGACAUACUUGGUGAUGUUGACCGGCUUUGCCACGGCAAUUGCUGUAUUCGUUUCGGAGAUGUUCUUCCGCAUCCUGAACGAGCGCAAACUGAACAAAGAACAGUCGGAAGCUGCCCGGAACCGUGGCACCGAUGGAGUUACCUAUGUGAAUGCAAAGGCCAUGGGUUAUGGCGAUUCACCGCCGCCGCCGUAUGCGGAGAUUUUCAGCCGCCAUGCUAGCGGUGGAAGCAUGUUUGGAAGCAGUAUUGACAGUGGUAGCGGUGCAUCACGGAGGAUGAUCAACGGCAGGGAUUACAUGGUCGUCAAGGAGCGAAAUGGGAUCGGUUCGCAGCUCAUACCAAUUCGGGCGCCGUCAGCUGCAAUUUUUCAGUACACUUAUACGAAUUAAGGUGACUUUGGAAAGUAGCCCCACUUUUUUGGUAUAGGUAUUGUUCAGCAUCAAUCAUAAAUAGUUAACCUUCAAGAGUCGCUGUUACAUGACUCGAUAUCAUGUAACGGUUGUCGAUGGAAAGUAUGCAAAGUGCUGUUUGUCUGUUUUAGAGUUAAAAUUUCAUAGUUACUAUGAUGGUCCUCUCUCAAAUAAGUUUCCAAAACAUUUAUAUAGAUCUAGAGUUUUAGUAAAUGUAGAUUUUCGUUAUCUAUCCAGACCAGUACCGGAGAUUUCAUUUUAAAUCUUUUUAUUUGGCAUAGCACACUGUAUUACACUUAUCUAAAUAUGGAACGAAAAAUUGCAGUGACUUAGGGACCAUUG